GUUCACGCGUCAAACUUGAGAGUGGCGCUAACGCCCAGGAUACCACUUUGCCCUCAGGUAGCAACGUUUCUGCCUCUGGGGCUGUCCAAGGUAGUUGCGGAUCUGGUAGCAGCAGCAGUUCUACCGCCAAGAUCGCCCCUACCGUCAAGAAGGUGUCUGCUCGCGGUCGACGGAAAUCGAAUCGACAUCCUUCUCGCGGUAGCGCCCGAGUCGGUGAGACCGUCGCGUUUGCUGGACAAUGCUCUGUAGAUGCUGUGGCCCACGAUGGCUCGAUGGUUUCUCGCGAUCCUUGUGGGACAACCUCUGUCGCCAAGCCCAAAACUCCAGCGAGAAUACCAGCGUCCGCCCCUCCCGUCCUCCAGGACACGCCACCAACAGCGGUCCCCGACUGGAACCUCUCGCUUCAUGAUGCGAAAGAGCGAAAAAGGGAUGAAAUCAAUGAGGAGCGCUCACAACAGAUCGAGGGCUUGUCGGUUGGCCCCGUCAAGCUACAGGUCUGGGUGAAGGAUGAUACAAUUACUCCUCCCAGCACUCGCACCGACCCUUCCAGUGCUUCACACUUCCGUAAUCUGGCUAAAAAGCUGUUCGCUGUCAUCUCAAAGACGCAUGGGGAAGCAGAUCUAUGCCAGGCCAUCAUCGAUAGCGGUCUAUGUCAAAAUCUCCAUCCAACGGAUACCCAUAUCAUCAUGGGAAAAGACAUCAAUGCUCCCCAUCAAGUGUAUGCUCCGGACUUUGCUCUAUUAAGCGCUCUUCUUCCUGCGGACAUGGAUCCUGCUCUGCGCGCCAUGGUCGUUCUGGAUAUGAUGGAGGUUUGGGGCGACCAGAAAGCCAACAACGAAGAUUCCCACGGCGGACUCUCGGGUUCUGUUCGCUUCAAGACGCGCGAUACGCCAACAUCUCGACAUUCUCGAGGUCAAUUUACGUCGUAUUCCAUUGUCAUGUUCUCGAACUCCUUUCGCACCUCUGUACAAGCGUUCCUGAUCAUGGGAGACGAUGCUCGUCUAUUUCGCUUCGACCGCGCUGGUGUCAUCUACACAGAGCUAUUCAAGUGGCGUCAAACCCCAAAUCUCCUACGCUUUCUGUCUUCGGUCGACGCCAUGACUCCUGCUCAGCGAGGUCGCGAUACUUCCGUGAGCUCUAUUGAGUACAGAUCGAAGGAAGCUACGCGCGCUAGGAAAGUCCUUCGCAAAGCCAUGGCGGCCCAUGAUCUACCUCACGGCAUCACCGAAGAUGCUGUCUUUCCAGAUGAUGGUACUCAUCUCAAUAUGUUCCUGCAAUAUCGAUCCGACACCCGCACAUUCCACCGCAUCGUCGCCCAUCAUCCGAUGGAGUAUAAUACGUCCAACUCUCUCACUAGUGACGGCGCCCGCUACUGGACUGCAGUCGAUAUAGAUCACGACAUCGUUCUGUCGAUGAAGGAGUAUUGGCGUCCUUGUCUACCUGGAUUGCCGUCGGAAACGGAAAGGCAGGCUCGACUCAACGACGCGGGCGUUCCCCACAUUCCGCAUGUAUAUUUCGGUUCCGACGUCCCCAACGAUUCGGACAAGUUGUAUGCGCGAUAUGAAUCUACCAAUCGGCGCCCCCUCAGCAUCGAAGAGCACAACUCGCUCACGUACCAGUCCACUUACACGGAUCAGUUUUGCAACGCACACCCUGAGGUUCAACGAAAGGCGUCCGACCUCGGGGGAAAGCCCAACGAACGUGUUGAAGUCAUACCACGUCGCCUCCAUCGCGUGUUUUACGAGACCGUCUUUCGGAAGUUGGAGACCUUCAGAUCUGCCAAAGAACUGGUUGAGGUGAUGCACGACGUCUCAGAAGCUCAUUCAAAAGCUUACGACGUCGGCAUUCUACACCGAUGCAUUACGGCGUCUUCCAUUCGCAUUGACAGUAGUGGGCGCGGCUUGCUUACAAACUGGGACCAAUCCAUCUUUUGGCGGACGCAAAGCACGACGGCCCGGACCAAGGAGCGACCGCAUAGCUGGGCGUUCUUGUCUGCGCGUUUCCUCAUGGACCCGUCUGAAAGCCCUUACCUCCUUCAGGAUGACAUCGAGUCCAUCAUCCAUAUACUGCACUACUUUGCUUUACGGUUCCUCCCUCUGUGCGGCGAGGGCGAUACGUUACUUAUCCCACGGCAAAAAAUCCUCCACGCUUUACGAGCCGUUUAUGGGGAGGCAUAUGUUGAUCACGAGGGUCGCAUUCGCGGUGGUCAUUUCAAAGGCUCGUUGCUCUCUGGAAAGCUGAGUAUCUUAAAUUGGGCAGACAUGGAGGGUUUCAUACAACCAGGGCCCCUUUGGGAUCUGCUCGUGGAGACGCGUCGCCUAUUCCGUGACAUAUAUGAUCUGGACCCGGAGCCUCCCUCCUCGAAGGGCGCGAAAGAUCCAGAAACUCUCGCAAAAUAUAAUCAAGACGUAGCGGAGUGCACGCGGCUUCGCGACAAAGCCAAAGAGAAUCUUCAGUCUUCGGAGCCUCUACUGGAACUCUUUGCGGAGUUCCUCUCGGACGAGUAUUCCAACCACUGGUCAACGACAGGUGGUGAGCCCGGGGACCAGUUCCCUGUGAAUGACAGGGCACCGUACGGCCCCCGAGCGUUCCAACGGCAACAUGCUACUUCCACGACGACUGGUUCGAAGAGACCUCGGCCUUCUGACUACGAGUCAGGGACUGGAAACCUCAAGCGACAGAAACAGACUGGCCUGUUGGAGGACGAGGAUGACGUAUUCGGUCCGCGCUCCGGCAGCGUCGCGACAUCUGGUGUGUCUAAGAAGAGGUAG